UAUAGGUCAGCUCUGGACCUACACAAGGAUUUAACUAAACAGAAUCAGAUGAACCAACACUAGUCUGUCAUACCAGCGCUCCAAACCCAUAGCUGCCGAUUGCUUCUGAUACUUAGACAGUCUCUUAGACAGUCUCUAGGCCCUGACCAGAGGACUGAAGGACCUCAGUAUUCCUUUUCUGUAGUGUUUGACCUGUAGAAGCCAGUAGGUGUGAGGAGCCUGUAUUUACAGCCAGUCUGAUGGAGAAUGAUGCCUAUGACAGGAUCGGGGACGAACCCCCUAACUAUGAGGAGACGUCUUUCUCCGGUGGUACCACCUCUAACGGUAAUGGGACCGGUAACGGAGAGCACCGGGCCGUCCGUCCGUCCGUGGUCAGUGCGUUUGGUCAUGACACGCUGGACCGCGUGCCCAACAUCGACUUCUACCGUAACGCUGGGAGUGUGAGCGGUAACCGUGCGGUCCGACCGUCCCUGCAGGAGCUCCACGAUGUCUUCCAGAAGGUCAGUGUGUGUCUGAGUCCUCCUCACCUGCACCCACACCUGUACUCACACCUCUACAACCCCCUCUACACACAUCUGUAUUUAGACCUGUCUCUGUACAUCUGUAUAUCUUGUACUCUUUUCCUUACCGGCACACACAUCACACAAGUCUCCACCAAGUCAGCAGCCUUUUAACUGGAAUCAACUCUCCUUUAAUCCAGACAAUUCAGAAAGAUCAUCUAAAUUCCGAUUCAGUAAAUGAAAAACAUAACAUUUUUAUGUGGAACAUGUUUUGACAUUAACAUUGGCCUGUUUGUCUCUCAAUUCAAUUAAAUCAAUUCAAUUCAAAGGGGCUUUAUUGUUAAGGGAAACCUAUGUUUACAUUGCCAAAGCAAGUUAAAUAAAUGAU